AUGUCGAACGUUAACAACAACGUUGCUGUGGAAGAGCACGAGGCUCUCAUGUAUCACCACCACCGCCACCAUUCCUAUUCAUUGCCUGCUUACUACGUCCAGAGCCCUUCCGCCACCACCUUCACUCAAAACGACGCCGAAUCAUCCACCUUCCAUUCCCCCGCCCCGCCCCGUCUCCAACCCGACCCAUGUGGACGCCCUCUGCCGAACGGUGAGGAUGAUGAGGAGGAAGAUGAUUACGACGUGUUUGAUUAUGAUUGGAGGAAGGAGAAAGGGUGGAGGAGGUACUGGACAUACCGGAACACAGACUCGUGGGCUUGGAUAUGGAUUCAGAUUAGCUGGAGACUGUUAGUGAGUCUAAGUGUUGCGUUGCUUGUCUUCUACAUUGCUACGAAGCCUCCCCCUCCUGUGCUUUCCCUCCAGGUGGAAAGAGUGCGAGAGUUUAAGUUAGGGGAAGGAGUGGACAGGACCGGGGUGUCAACCAAGAUCCUGACCUUCAGUUGCUCCAUCAGUUUGGGAAUCCUAAACAAAUCCAAGUUCUUUCGCCUUCACCUUCAUCCUCCUCUCAUCCACUUGUCCUUUUCCAUCUUACCCUUUGCUCUCUCUCAUGGCGAUGAAGUGUAUGCAGAGAGUGGGACGACGAUAUAUAGAAUGGAAGUGGGAGUGAAGAACAAGGCAAUGUACGGAGCAGGAAGAGAGAUGCAGGACUUGUUGGAGUCAGCAAGAGGAUUGGCCAUUUCGAUAGGCGUGAGAGUGAGUUCCACUUACAGAAUCGUCCCUAACCUCAUCAACCCUAAGUUCCAUCACCAUCUUCAUUGCUUCCUCAUCCUCCAUAACCAUUACGAUCGCAAACACCGAACCCAGUUAUUCAAUUCCACUUGUCAUCUCUUCAUUCCCUAGUAAACCAUUUCCCAUUUUGAAGCUUUCAAAUGCUUGCUCUUAUUAUUUUUGUAGAUACUUUUAUGGAUUCUCCCUCCUAGUCUAAAUGUAAGUGUUAGUAGAGAGGGUUUUAUAUGUUUUUAUCCUACAUGCAAGAUGUUUUUAUCUCCUAAAUUUAUAUUUUUUUCGUAAA